UUCAGGAGCUUGCUUUGUAGUGCACUUCAGCUCCCGCUCACACACACACUCACUCCAGCUCUCAAGAUGGGCAGCUUUGUUGCAAAUGAAGGUGUCUCCAUUUUUGUCAUUCUUGUCUGGCUGGGGAUCAAUGUUUUCCUGUUUGUAUAUUUCUAUAUACAAUUCCUCGUCGAUAAAUACUACUACACUCGUAUUCUUCUUGGGGACGCGCUGUCGUGGGCCAGAGCUCCGGCCGCCUGCCUCAACUUCAACUGCAUGCUGAUCCUGCUGCCUGUGUGCCGCAACCUGCUCUCUUUUCUGCGAGGCACUGUUCAGAUUUGUAGCCGAACUGCAGCUCGCCAACUUGAUAAGAACAUCACCUUCCAUAAGCUGGUCGCCUACAUGAUAGCCUUUCACACAGCGGUCCACAUCAUGGCCCACCUUUUCAACUUUGAGCGCUUCAUGGACGCCCAGCUGUUGGGGAACAGUAGCCAGCUGCCUUACGUGCUCUCGCAGAUCGGCAACGGAGACAACCGGUCCUUCCUCAACCCCAUCCGCAGCAACGAAACCAAUCCAACUAUUGUGAUGUUCACCACCAUCGCUGGUCUGACCGGCGUGGUCAUCACCUUAGCCCUGAUCUUGAUCAUCACUUCUUCCAUGGAGGUCAUCCGGAGGUCAUACUUUGAGGUGUUCUGGUACACCCAUCACCUGUUUGUGGUCUUCUUCAUUGGCUUGGUUUUUCACGGAGCGGGACGCAUUGUACGUGGCCAAACAGACACCGAUCUAGACAAGAACAGCCCGGGAAAAUGUGCUGCUCACUUUGAAGAAUGGGGCAAAAAUGGGACUUUCUGCACUGAACCGCAGUUUGCAGGAAAUCCCCCAAUGACGUGGAAGUGGGUGGUGGGACCCAUGUUUCUGUACGUGUGUGAGAGGCUGGUACGACUCUGGCGCUCACAUCAGAAGGUGGUCAUCACAAAGGUGGUCAUGCACCCGUCCAAAACACUGGAGCUCCAGAUGCGGAAAAAAGGCUUCAAAAUGGAGGUGGGACAGUACGUGUUCCUUAAGUGUCCGUCGGUCUCACAGCUGGAGUGGCACCCCUUCACGCUCACCUCUGCCCCCGAAGAGGACCACUUCAGCGUCCAUGUCCGCAUCGUGGGGGACUGGACCGAGGGCCUGCUGAAGGCCUGUGGAGGGGACAAGAACGAGUUCCAGGAGGCCUGGAAACUGCCCAAGAUGGCAGUGGAUGGACCAUUUGGGACGGCCAGUGAGGAUGUUUUCCGCUACGAUGUGGUCAUGCUUGUGGGUGCUGGAAUUGGAGUCACCCCUUUUGCAUCCAUCCUGAAAUCUGUGUGGUACAAACAUGUCAACAACAACGCCAACAUACUCACCAAGAAGAUCUACUUCUACUGGCUGUGUCCAGAGACCCAGGCUUUCGAGUGGUUCGCUGACCUCCUCCAGAGCCUGGAGGGUCAGAUGAUGGAGAAGGGCAUGAGUGACUUCCUCAGUUACAACAUCUACCUCACCAGGUGGAAGGAAUCUGAGGCCGCGUACUUCCGGGUUCGUCACGAGACUGAGAAUGACCCCAUCACUGGCCUGAAGGAGAAGACAAAGUUUGGGAAACCCAAAUGGCAGGACGAGUUCAGUACUAUCGGGGCAAACCAUCCAGACACAAAAGUGGGCGUGUUCCUAUGUGGCCCACAAGCUCUGGCUAAGACCCUGGAGAAGCAAUGUGUCUCCAACUCGGAGUCCUCCUGCAAGUUCAUCUUCAACAAGGAGAACUUCUGAGAUAUUUACAGUGCCUUUGCAGACACACCAAUGCUAUCUGCAAACACCUCUGUGGUUGUCAAUGCUCUCAAAAGGUCAGAGAAAACAGGGGAAAAAUAUACUGAAAAGCAACGCAAGUGUUAUAAAUAUAAAGCUCAACCAGUGUUCUACUUGAAAGCCAUUUUUACUUGAAAGAUAAAGUGACAGAAGCAAGCGCUUUACUGAACUAAAUGUCACUGUCGUGUAUCCUAACAUUGCUAGCAUUAGGCCUAGUAACUAAAUGUUACUGUUGUGUAUUAGACCAUAGUAUUGAUCACUUUCUCAAUUCUAUGUGAUUUAAAUGUUAUUGUGAUCGGGUAGUUUCAGUCCAGGUAUCAGUGCUUAACAUUAUCUGCAUGUAUGUCUGUGUAGGCCUACCUUAAAAUGUGAUUAUGUUGGAUAACUGCAUGUUAUCAUUACUAAUGACUAGAAUAUGUGAUUAUGUUGGUUAACUGCAUGUUAUCAUUACUAAUGACUAGAAUAUGUGAUUAUGUUGGUUAACUGUAUGUUAUCAUUACUAAUGACUAGAAUAUGUGAUUAUGUUGGUUAACUGUAUGUUAUCAUUACUAAUGACUAGACAAUUGGACAUUGCCAUGUUUUGUAUGUAUUAAUUUUCAACAGCAGAAACAAACAUUCCUAAGCGUUCCUAAGGCAUUUCUGGAGGCACAGAGCUAAUGGUAACUUGGGGAGAAACAAAAAUAGAGUACAAAAGACAUUUCAAACAGAAAUCCUCUAGGAGCAGAUUGAGAGGGUCCAUACCUACAUAGAGAGUAUUAAAAGGCCUAUAAGGUAAUGAUUGGAUGGUGUUCAGUAAAGUAAUGAGUGUUUACACAUGUGAAGAGAGAGUGAGGCACUGGUGAUUUAGUGUGGCAUUUUGAUGGGUUGUGUUUAAAAAACGAUAUCAAGUUACUUCCUGUUAGAUUUUUGUGUGUUAAGUAGAAAAUUGCGUGUGGUGUUUUGCAAAAUGUGUUUUAGUAAAUGGAAAACUGAGUCAAACACUGAGAAUUAGUGUAUGUUUUUUGCAGAUUUAGCGUUGGGUUAUGAUGUUUGGAAGACAUGUUUAGAAAAGUGUGUGACAAGCACAGAUUUAGUGUGUACUGUAAGCAGUUGAAAAAAACUGCAAGUGUGAAGAGGAAGUCAUGAAUGAAAUCAGUUAUGCACAAAAAGGGGAAAAAAUGAAAAACAGAAGCCUGGAUAAUCUCAUGGCUGAUGCUUUGCUUUCACCAUUAUUGUGAAAUAUCAAGCAAGGCCAUAUUACACAAACAUAUGAGGAAACUACAGUAGGCAUGCCACAAGUGGCCAGCUACCUGUUUUGGUUCUGGUGGAAAGUCCAGGGGUUUGACUCAGAGUGUUGUUCCCCUUUCGAAUCGCCUCCUUGUGUUUGAGUUUCUGCUUUAAAGUGUAACUUAGGCGAAAAUUGACCCCAGGGUCUUUUUCUACAUUAAAACACAUCAAAUAAGUCAUGGAGACAAUAUUUUUCGUUGAUCAACCAUUACAAACAAUUAAAGAUUCUUUUUUGCUGGAGUUACACUUUAAGACCAGACCCAGGGUGACACAGUCUCUCAACUCCAUAGUGUUGGACUAACAGCAUGGUGCUCAAAACAAACACAGAUAGUGAAUCACAGAUAGUGAAUGUAUGUUGUCACUAUUGUUUUUGAUGAAAUGUUUUCAAAGUUAGUUUGUGAAAUAA